UCCUCGCUCUCCGCAGUGACUCGCGCGAGCUCCCAUCAUCACCGCUACACUGGUCUGGAUGAGCAGUGCAGCGACAUGGCUGUGAAUCUCAGCAAGAACAGACUGGCCCUCUUAACAGCCUACCAGGACGUGAUCAACGAGACGUCUUCGACCGACUGGGCAGUAUACACAUACGAAGACGACAGUAAUGACCUAAUCCUGUCUGCUUCAGGAGAUGGCGGCCUGGCAGAGAUUGCCGUCACCUUCGAUAUAACCCGGAUCAUGUACGGUUUCUGCAGCAUAAAAGAGCCCACAGUGACCCUGCCACGCUACGUCCUCAUCAACUGGGUUGGUGAAGAUGUGCCUGACGCCAGGAAGUGCACCUGCGCAAGCCACGUCGCCACCAUCGCCGAGUUUUUCCAGGUGGGUCUCGAAAAGGGCGUUGACGUCAUCAUCAAUGCCAGCAGCCUGGACGACAUCGACCCCUCACACAUUGGAAUGAGACUCACCAAUGGGACGGCUCCAGUGGCAAGCCCGGUUCUCAGCCGUCUGCGAAUGAAAGACGAGGAGAACGCGGAGAACGUUGGCACCACCUACCAGAAAACGAAUGCGGAGAUCGAGAUGAAGAAAAUCAAUCGAGAGGAGUUCUGGGAACAAGCCAGGCGAGAUGAGGAGAAGAGAAAGGAGGAGGAGAGGAGGAAGGCUACCGAGGAACAGCAACGCUUUGAAACAGAGAGGAUGGAGCUGGAGAAGAAAGAGCAGGAGGAACGUGAGAAAAAAUAUCGCGAGAGGGAGAAGCAGAUCGAGGAACACAGGAAGAAGAUGAAUGAGGAAGAGGAGGCCAAAGAGGGGUCCAGAAAUCAACCAUUGAUUACAGAAGCCAGCUCUGAUGAUCCAUCCCUGGAGAAGAAGGAAUCGGAGGUUGAGGAAGCAGCAGCCAUCAUCGCUCAGAGACCCGACAACCCUCGAGAGUUUUUUAAGCAGAGAGAGAGAGUGUUGGCCAACAGCGUGGACGUCUCACCCGUCGCCACCCACAGGACCGCGGUCCCGUCUCCAUCACCAGGCCGCUUGGACAGUCCAUUCUUGAGGCAGCAGCACAGUCCAUCCGAUUGCAGCCCAUCCCCCUCUCGCACCCCGCCCCAUAAGCGGCGGCAGCCAGGUUCACCUGGAAUUUUGGAGCGCAGCAUGACAACCGGAUGCACUCCGAUUCCCAAAAUCUCUAUUCAGGAGGAAAAGGAUGACUUUUUCCGAAAGGAGUUUGCCUUUGAAUCUCCAAAGCAAACCCCAACACAGGAGUCAGAAAUCAUCAAGACCCCUGAAAGCGUCCCGCCCCAGGUCAACACAGACGACGGCCUGCUAGACCUGUGGGACAGCGGUCCAGCACCUGCUACUGCUCCUUCCCAGGCCGCUCACAUCAUGGAUCUGAUGGAGGACACCCCAGAGCCUCAUCUAGCUGGCUCCUCCCCCAGCCUCCCGCAGCCGCUCAUGAGCUUCGACGAGGUACCUGAAGUCCCCUACUGCACCACCACAGAAGAUGAACCCUCCAGUCUGGUGGAUGUGGCCGGACCGGACCAGAUGACCCUGAGUUACCAGCAGGCCCUCCAGCAUGCGUCUGGGUCUGACAGUCAAGACAUGGAUGACGGACAGCUGCUGUUGACCAAUGGAGACUCGCUGCUCAAAGAAGGGACCCAGGCAAGUGAAGGCUAUUUCAGCCAAUCACAGGAGGAGGAUUUCGCCCAGUCAGAUGACUGCACUGCAAAAGUGAAUCCAACACCAGUCUUUUACAACAAACCACCAGAAAUCGACAUCACAUGCUGGGAUACAGACCCCGUGAUGGAAGAUGACGAUUAGGAGCGACACAGUGAAGAAACCCUACAGAAUGACAAACAUUACAGAAGUCUUGCAUCAAAAAUGUUUUAGCAAAAAAAAACGUUAGCCACCGAAGAAAAGGCCUCGGGUUAUUGUUAAAGAUGCCGGUGGGUAUGAGCACUCUCGGUUUGCGUGUGCGUGCGUGAAUGUGUUUCUUAUUUAUUUGGUUUCUAUUUUGUUGCUAUGCCGAGUAUAGCACAGUGUGUAUCUAGCGCUCACCUGUGACCUAUCGACUCCCUGUGCCCAACAGGUGUGUGUAGUAGCAGAUUUGGUUAUAUCACGUCUCUUUAAAUCAAGUUCUCUCAAGUUUACAGCUUCAUGGUUGUGAUCUUGGUUGAACUUCUCACCAAGGUUAAAUAUUCAGGCUGGUAAUAGUUGCUACGCAUGAGUGCUACGCCUAGACUCGGUUGGUCAGGGCCGGUUUAACCUUCUUAUUUAAGUCGAAAGGCAUGUCAGAACUAGAUUUUAGCUUUAGUUGAGUGCCACUCAGAUUUAGCAAACAAAAAUAAGACGGGGGUUUAUGUGAUUACAAAAACAAUUUUGUGUUGUGCCAAUUAUUUCCAGUUUGUUGACGUUGUUGGUGUAAGCCUUUUAGGACUUUAGCCAGGUGGAAUAUGUAUAUUUUGACUACAUAUGAGACAUUGUGUAUAAACAAUGGCAUUCAGAUUUUUCUUUUUUUCUUUUGGAACAACUGCAAUAGAUUUUGCUUUGAUUUGUUAUCAAACUUAGGCAAUAACAGUCGUACGUGACUAAGUUGGAACUUAUUUUUUGUUGUAUCGACCGGUGCGUUUGUGCGCGUGCAUAUGAUGUAAGCGCACGUAGUUUAACAGAAACAUUCAGCUGGAAGAGUUUUCCUCUAUUUUUCGGGAAGGUUAGGCCAACGAUGUACUCAACGCAAAACGAAACGCCUGCCAUCGCAAGUUUGUACUACCUACUUAACAUUCAUUUUAUAGUAAAGUUGUCAUAAUGCAACCUUCAAAUUUUUUGCCAUUAACACUUAGAUAUUACUCAGGUAGCUAGCUAACAACACACUAAACUUGCAUACCUAGAUUGUUUAUGUGGAUGCCUGCUAUAGCGCCCCUAGUGGCGGUACGGAGAAUGCAAUGCCUCUUUUGUGUUACAAAUUGCGUUUAUAUCAGCAUGCAGCGACUAGUGAAAUAAAGCUUGCGUGGUAAGAAGCGUUUGCAUUUGUGUAUUUGCAUAGAGUAUGUUACAGGCCUUAGUUUAUUUGAGACUUAGAAUUUUAAACAUGGUUUUAAAUUAACUUCAUGAUCCAACAUGAGGAAUUGUUUACUGUUAGUUCAUGUCAACAAAUACAACUUUAUGUGUCACCGAAAUCACUCAUCACACAUUCUCCCCAUCGUUUUAAUUGAGUAUUAUUAAUAUGAACAUGAUUGUAUUGUUUUAUUUCAGUCACCAUUGAAUUACAUCAGACUGAUAUGACCAGCAUGUUAUUGAUGUAUCACCAAUCAUUGUAAAACUUCCAAAUGAGAUCUGUAAGUUUGUAAGUUGUGUCUAUAACUAAGGUAAAAACAAAGAUAAUAGCAGGGACACAACCUGUGGUGGUCUAGGGGUCUGUAUGUUUCAAGGGCAUAUCUCUCAAACUCCAUGACCUGUCAUCUUUGUUUUACUGGCACACUGUCCUAGCCUCGACUGUUCUUCGUCUUCCUUUGUAUGAUCGUUUUAAAGGCCACGUCCUCGUUCAACCUUAUUAUAACAAAUUGUGUGACGAUGACUGUAUUGCAAAACAAGUGAAAGAAGCGAGCAAUAAGACUAAACCAAUGUAGUAUUGUUGUGUAAAUAGCUCUACUUUUGUGUGUUGAUUUUGUGCUCAUGUACACUGUACUACAGAGACUAACAUGUAUGGAUUCACGGGCCAACGGUCAACAGUUGGUAUGCGUUUGGACUGGGUUUCUUUGGUGAGACCAAAGAAGAGAUCGCUCAGUAUUUUUUUGGUGGGAGGUGACCUGCAUCUUUAACAGUAACUUUGCCCCUUUUGAGAUGACUUCAGUGUAACUCGUUCACCCUCCAACCUCCUCAGUAGUGAUUAUUAUUCUCUUUCGCCCUCAACUACUAGGAGAUUACUACAAUAAUACUACUACUAUAACUAUUAACACUUCUGUUCUACUCCCAACAUUUCUUCUGUGCCCCUGAAGCAAGGCUUAGCAACUCCUGAAAGUUCUCUCUCUCUCUCUCUGUUUUUUUUUUUUAUAAUAUUUUUUCCCCUCUUUCCCUUUCCGUCCGCUUCUCACACGCUGUUUUUGAAACAAGCACAAGAAUUUUGUGACAUGCCAUGUGCUUAUGUAUGUUAAUAAAAGACUUUAAAAUCC